AUGGAAAAGGAAGAAGAAAAGAUGAAUGAUGGUUUAAGGUUUAAAAAGAAAGGGGAACUUUUAAAGAGUGAAAAUAUUCUGAACGUUAUGAAUAAUCCCAUGACAUACGUAAUAGAAUCAAUAAAAUAUAAAUCCGUUUUCGAUAUAAAAAAAGAUCUGAUAUUAAUGAAAAAUGUAAUUCAUAAUGACAUAAUAAAAAUAUUGAACAAGAAUUCGAAAGAAUUUAUGUCUUUACCAGCAAAUUUAAAUUAUAUUGAAAAUAUGAUUCCAGUAUUAGAUAAAGAAAUAAAAAUAUCAAAACGAUUUGUAAAAAAGUUAUUGAAUGAGAUUAAUAAUAUAAAUAAAAGAAUUAAUGACAUAUUAUUAGAUAAAAUAAAUAUAUUUUAUAUAAAAAAUAUUUUAAAAACAAAUAUAGAUAUAUACGAAUUAAUAAAUAAAAUAGAAAAAGAGUUAAGAAAAUAUGAAAAAUCCGAAUGUUAUAAUAUAUUAAUAGAUAUUCAAAAAAAAAUUUAUUCAUAUAAUUAUGAAAUGAAUAAUGUUUUAUCUUCUACUAAUUCUUGUUCAUUAUUUAUUGAAGAUGAUAUAUAUAAAAAUAAUAUAUAUUUUUUAUAUGAUCUAUCUAAAAGAUUAAUAAAUAUAAGUACAUCUAUAUGGAAUAUUAAAGCUAUGAUAUAUAAUAAUUAUAAAAGAAUAAAAACUAUAUCACACAAAUUACAAGAUUUUUAUAAUCUUGUUAAUAAAUAUGGUCUAGAAGCUAAAUGUGAACAACAAACCAUACUGGUCACUGUGAACAAAUUUUCUUUUGAAAAUUUAAAUGAAAAAUUAAAAAAUGUAAUAGAUCAGGUGGAAAAAAAAAUAAACGACUUGUCUUAUAUUUUUUUAAAAUUGUUAAAAAAUGGAUUAAUACAAAAUAUUAAUGAACAUAAUAUAUUAAAUCAGUCCUUAAAUUAUAUAUUAAAUUCUUGUUAUUUGAUAAAUUUUUUUAAUGUCUUUAUAAUACACUUCCAGGAAGUCUAUAUAAAUUAUAUCGAAUAUGAACCGUUUGAGACGUACGAAGAUUUAAUUCUCUAUAUCAAAGAGAAGACAUUAGAAAAUAAGAAUGUGCAAGAAAUAAUCAAAAGAAUAAAUGAGAUAGAUGAAGGUGUGUUAUUUUGUACACACGGCAUUCUGGAGAGGAUAUUGGAGAUAAUAAAAAAUAGGUUUGGUGAUAUAUUUAUGUUAAGAUACUGUGAUGUUUUUAUGGAAAGAUAUAUUAAGACAACCUACCUUUUUAAUGAUAUAAAAAGGUUAGUAGGAAAAAGCAAGUAUGAAUUAUUUAUAUUGGAUGAGAAGAUGAAAAAAUAUUUGAAAAAUUUUGAAAGAGAAGGAUAUGUACAAUAUGUUUUGAAUUUAUUAGAAAACAAAAUGAAUGAUAAUUAUAAAAAUAUAAUUUUAUUUGAUAAGAAAUAUAUAUUUGAAAAUAAUUUUUAUUGGUUAAAAGAAACCAUAAAUUUAAUAAAAAUUUUUAAAAUAUUAUUUACAAGUAAAUAUUAUAUACCUGAAUGUUUAACAAAUUAUUUAUCUUUUAUAUUUAAGCAUUUUAAAAAUUAUAUAACUAAUAUAGAAACCUUUUUAUUAUUUCUAGAAGAAAAUGAAGAAAUCAAAAUUUCAAAUGUAGAAAAAAAAAAAAUAAAUAAGUUUUAUUGGAGUCCAACAUUAGGAUAUAAUAGUAUAGGUUUUUUUAUAUCUGAUUUUUUAUCAUUAAGAAAAAUAUUUAAAACUAGUAAAAAAAUAUAUUCAUGUAUUAAGAACGAUGGACAAUAUGUACUUCCAAAUAAUAUUGGUGAUAUAGCUAUAUGGAUGUUUGACAAAAUAUUGAAUAAUUUUAUUAAUCAUACAACUUUAAAAGAAGAAAAUGUAAUUAUAGAAAAUAAUCAAAAAAAUUUAUAUGUAAAUAAUAAAGAUCAUAUACAUGUAAAUAAUAAGAGUUCCUUUUAUAUUCACGAUGAUAUUAUAACUUCAUCUUCUGAAGAGGAUGAAACUAAUAUGAAUAAUAUGCAAUCUAAUAAAAUGAAUGAUUCAAAUUUUCAUAAUGAUAAGAAUGUAGGAUUAGAUUCUUCCAAUUUAAAUAAUAAAAAAAUGAAUGAGCAAGACGUAAAUUAUACAGAUUAUUCAAAAAGAUUAGAUGAUACUAAAAAUCAAAAAAAUGUUUAUGAUGAGAACAAUAAUAUAUAUAAUUAUUCAAAAAUAUUAUUAAAUAAUGAAAAGAAAUGUCAUACUCCAAAUAUAGAUAAUGUAGAUAUAUUAUAUAAAAUAGCAAAUGAAAAUAAAAAUAUACUAAGAGAAAAAAAAAAAAAAAAAAAUACAUCAUUGUAUCUUUAUGAAAAAAAUAAUAAAAGAAAAAUUAUACAUCAUAUUCGUUGCAUAAAUGGAUUUUUAAGAACAUUAACAAAAAUUGUUAUUAAUACACAAAAAAUAUUUGAAGAUUUUUUUAUAAAUAAAAUGUUUGAAAUAUGUUCAAGCUUUUUGAUAUAUUUGCAUUCUCUCUUUACUGUAUAUAAAAUGACAACCAAGCGAAUUCCCGAAAAACCAAGUGAACAGGUGGACAAAAUUGUACUUCCCUUAAUUUCGUUCAAAUCAUUUUAUAAGGACAUAAUAGCCGAUAUUAUUAUAGAAGACAUAAUUACAAAAAUUGUUGAUAAAAUAAGCGAGUAUUAUCUUAACGAGAUUAAAAAUGUAAUCGACGCAAAGAUUUGUGAACAAAAUAAGAGGACCCUAAAAUUUAAUUUAAUAGAAACAUUUUUAAAGAAGGACGAUAUACCGUAUGAGGAAAAGAUACAACAACAAAUAUAUUUGGAUGUAUGUCAUUAUGAGAAAUUAUGUGACGAGAAUUUUAUGAUAAACAAAAAUACCAACAUUCAUAUGAGGGCCUUACUAAAUCAUUGCAAAAUGGAAAAUAGAAAGAUAACAGGGUAA